CAAGCAGCAGCCUCCUGUCUGAUCAUGGCUCACCGUACAUUGGGAUUUCUCCAGAGGCUCCUUCCAGUUCUCCGUGGCAGCAAAUCCCUUCCAUGCCGUGCCGUCACCCGCACCAGCUCCCUCCUCACUGCCAGGGGCAUCUGUACAACCCCACCACUCCAGGAUGCCCCAUUCAGUUCUGGAGAAUCCGAUGACAAACUUACUGUUAAUUUUAUCAACCGCAAUGGUGAAACCCUGACGGCUACAGCCAAGGAAGGAGAAAGUCUGUUGGAAGUGGUAAUACGCCACCACCUGAAUAUUGAUGGUUUUGGGGCCUGUGAGGGAACACUGGCUUGCUCUACGUGCCACUUAAUAUUCGACCAGAAGGUCUUUGAGAAGCUGAGUGAAGUUUCAGAUGAAGAAAUGGACAUGCUGGACUUGGCAUUUGCACUGACUGAAACGUCUCGGCUUGGAUGUCAGGUUUGCAUGAAGAAGGCCUUGGAUGGAUUGACCGUACGGGUGCCUGUGGAUGUAUCUGAUGUCAGGAGGGAAACAGAGGUUGGGAAACAAAGCAAGCAAUGAGAGCCGCAUUAGCCUACAUAGUGUUUGUGCCAUGAAAAUAUUACUCAUCUAAUUAAAGAAGAGAACUAGAUGGAAUAUGGAUGGACAUCUCCAAUACUACAUCAAUAUCCUGACCAAAAUUUUGUCUCCAGACCACCCCCAGUUCCAUUACAUAGAUGGCACUAAGGUGGUUUCCAUAAUGAAGGAACAGCCACAAACCAUUACCAUGUUUUUAGGGAUGGCGAUGAUAUAAUAGCUGUUGCAUACUAUGUACUGUAUUUCAGGUUUUGGUUUGUAGAUAAAGCUCUUACACAAUGCCUA